AUCUGUCAAGCUAGCGCAGAAGGUCAGACGCAUGGUUUUGAACGUAGGAGCUUGUCGUGAAAGCUGGAGAAGACGUGUGGAAGGAAAUAGCGACUUAGCACAGUUAGCAAGGACAGGAUGAACAAGAGCUGAUGCUAACACGGAAAACAACCGUAGUAUAACAAUGUUGCGUGUAGUUAACUAACGAACUGCAGUCACAAAGAGGUAGCCUAGCUUGUUUGCUCUCUUCUCUGCUGGUUUCUUCUAAAUAAUCUUCACCAAACACCACCAUGUUGAGGAGCCUGAUCAGAUUUCAGAGUCACGUUAGAAAUCCUCUCAGUAAAGUGUGCCCAAGAAGUCAGAGUCCUCUGUACUCCACAGCAGCAGCAGAGAGAAAGAAGUUCUAUCAAGAUGUCAGCAUAUCCCAAGGUGAAAGUGGUGUAUAUGAGAUAAACCUGGACAGGAAGAAACUGAAAACACCUGGAGGGAAGUUGUUCACAGUGCCGAAUGAAGCCCUGGCCAUCGCCGUGGCAACCGAGUGGGAUGCUCAAAGGGACACUCUCAAGUUCUACAGUAUGCACCUGACUACGCUGUGCAACACAGCCCUGGACAAUCCCACCCAGCGAAGUAAGGACCACAUGAUCAGUGCUGCUCUGAAGUUUCUGGAGACUGACACUGUCUGUUACAGAGUAGAUGAGCCUCAUGCUUUGGUUGAGCUACAGAGGAAUGAGUGGGACCCGGUGCUGCACUGGAUUGAAAACAGAUACAACAUCACUAUCGGCUCCUCGUCCAGUAUUUUGGGUCCUGAGAUCCCAGAGGAGACCAAAGACACAUUCCGGCAACACCUGAAUUCUUACAACUUUUGGUCUCUGACAGGACUUGAGUAUGUGAUCACACAGCUGAAGUCUGUUGUGCUGUCGAUGGCAAUGAUUGACAGACAUCUGAGUGUGGAGCAGGCUGUGCUGCUCUCCAGGCUGGAGGAGGAAUACCAGAUUCAGAGUUGGGGAAAUGUAGAGUGGGCACAUGACUACGACAUGUAUGAGCUGAGGGCACGGACCGCUGCCGGAGUUCUUUUUGUUCACCUCUCAUCUGAAAGUUCAACUGUCAAGAGAAAACUCAUGCAGGACUGAGAAGGAUGAGCUCAAACACAAAAACUCUUAAGGGCACACAGCAAAUCUGCCCUCAAUCCAAAUCACCCAGAGCUCAACCAGAAACUCAAAUGUUUAUCUGUGAUUCUACAUCCAUGCAGACAAACACUACACACCCUCUUUGUUCUGUUUAGCAGUGACCACUGUUCUGUCUGUGAUCACUCCACGAUCAUGCUGGCUCUGUUUUUUGCCAUGUUAAUAUGUAGCAGCUGCCAGGAGUGACACCCCUCUCAGAGUUUCUAGGCAGUUCUCAGUCAUCCGUGACAUUUUGGCUGCUGAAAACUACUGCUGUUGUCUUUUUGGUGGAAUGUUAAUUUGAAUGCUGGAAGGUGCAUAUGCCUUUCUAACCAACCAUGUUGAGUCGAACCGUGCUGUGUGUAGAUGAAGCACGCUUCAUGUGAAAUCCUCUUGCAAAAGGUUAAAAAUACUACAUUCAAACUAGUAUUUGUAAAGACAUGAACUCUGGAAAAUAACUGGAAAAUUGGGUCGUGAGAUUUUCCAAAGUUUUGCCUUUCACAUAUGAGGAAAGCAGCUGGAGAUUGUCGGGGGCAGAUGCGUUCACAACAACAAGAAAAUGUUGGGAACAUUCUGGUGAGAGGAGACGUAUGUAUAGAACAUGUAGGAGGACAUGACGUAUACAUUUUGCUCCAGAAAUCAUGUUUUUGUUCACAGUUGAAUCUUGUCUUCCUAAGUUGCCAUCCUCUACGAGAAAAUUAUAUCCUUUUGUUUUCUUCAGUUUGGUAUAGUUUAUGUGUUUUGGCAUUUUUCAGUGUGGUAACAAGAUGAGAGACUAAACAAAAAUGGUCAUCGCCAUCAUCUGCACAGUCCUGAAAACAAUUGUACUCCAUCUUCCUCUUGUAGUAACUUUCAUGUGCAAAUCACAAGGCUCUGUUGCUUUUCCAGUUAAAAUAAAUCCUACUGUUUAAAGAA